UGAUCACGCCGCCAAGCCACACGCGGCCUUUGGGCUCGAUCCAGGAUGCAUCCUGGGUCCAGCCCGGAUCGAGCCCGGAUCCAGCCGGAGGCACCAGAGCCGGCCCCCUGGUUUUGCGGCCCCAUGCGAUCGAUCCCGGAUACUCGCCCUCUCUCGCUGGCGGAAUAAUGACCGACGAAACCGCCUGGUGCGCAUACAAGUUCCUUGCUCCGGGCGAGGCUAUCGUGCCCGGACACACGGCCCUGAUUGUCUUGAACCAGCCAGUGUGUCGGCGCUCGGUGCUGGAGUCUGUUUGGCGCAACGCGUCGCUGAGGAUAUGCGCCGACGGAGGAGCCAAUCGACUCUUUGAUGCCUUCGAGGACAACGUGCAGCGAGCCCUAUUCAUCCCAGACUACAUCCGCGGAGAUCUCGACUCGAUUCGGCCCGAGGUCCGGGUCUGGUACGAGCAACAGGGCGUCAGCGUUGGGGUUGUCGAGGAUCAGUACUCCACCGACUUUCAGAAAUGCCUGCAUCUUCUGGGGCAGGUCGAGUCCGAGCGUGGAAUCAAGUUCGACAGGGUGCUCGUGCUCGGAGGAAUCGGCGGCCGAUUCGACCAGACAAUGCACAACAUCCAUGUCCUCCAUCUCCUGGGGCGGUCGCGAGUGCUCUACAUGAUCAGCAACGAGUCGGUCUCGUUCUUGCUGAUGCCGGGGAAGCAUCGCAUCGAAUGCUCCAAGGCCAUCGAAGGUCCGACCUGUGGAAUCCUCCCCAUCGGCACCGCUGUCGCCAAUGUGAUUACGCACGGGCUCAAGUGGGAUCUCGACGAAACCAUGCCGUCGUCGUUUAGCCAGCUCGUGAGCACCUCGAACCAGUUCCCGGACGACUCUGGCCCGCAGCCACAGAUUCAUGUCGAGACCGACGCUCCUGUUGUGUGGACAGUCGAAGUGCAUCUGUACUAGCGAGCACGGCCAUGUUUCGGUGGGAUCUCGCAUCCGCACCGCAUGGUCGCUUCGUCCGCACAAUACAAGCCGCAAUGCAAUCGACGGCUGUAUCGCCUGCACACAAACGGACGGCAU